AGGAGAAACUGCAUUUACAGUCGAAUUACCAGUCUGUAACCACAACUCCAGUACAGCAGGCGGCGCACACGCUCAAAAAUAGAAGGCCCGAGUAGUACUGUACUAGGAAGUGAUGAAACUCUUUGAGUAAUCGGUUUGUUGAAACACGCUGGUUAAAUGCAGUUAAAACGGAGCUAGGAAAGCCGUAUCUAAGCUGCAAUGAGGCCGAUUGUUUGUUGUUUUGCACGCCGAACAUCCGCGACAUUCCUCAGGGUCGGGUCUUUAAAUCGUUGUGAAAAUGUAAACACGCUGCACGUGUCAAACUGUCAGGCUUCACGUCACAAUAAUAACAAUACCGUUACCAGUUUUUAUCAAGAAACUCACAGAGAUACAGAUGCAAGAAAUGGGACACAUCCAGCACAGACUGUUUCUUUAGGAUUUGGACCUUUCAGUCUUUUUAGUGGACGUUCAUUAUCUGCGUUGAACAAUGGAAACCCGAGUUCUAUCGUCCAUUCUGAACCUUUCUCAACUUCUGCAGCUGUCAGAAGCAGUGAUGCUGUUGGGAAGAUACACUCGACACACUAUCACUUGGUGUACACGUGCAAGGUGUGCUCGACCAGAUCCACUAAGAAGAUUUCUAAAAUAGCCUAUAAGAAUGGUGUCGUAAUCGUGACGUGUCCCGGCUGUAAAAAACACCACAUCAUCGCAGACAACCUUGGGUGGUUUUCCGACCUGGAAGGGAAAAAAAAUAUAGAGGAGAUCUUGGCAGCCAAAGGAGAGAAGGUGAGAAGAGUGUCAGGGGACGAGACUCUGGAACUGACACUGAAAGACCUCGAAAGCAUGCAGCAGGAUAGGCAGCGAGAAGAGGAGCCACAGCCCACAGCACAGUCUGAAGAAAAGGAGAAAACAUGAACCCCUUGCUUUUGAACCUUGGGUGGAGACAGACAUGAGCACGACAACAUUCUCAUAAUUUCUCUAUUGGUUUUUCAGACUUUACAUUCAGUUUGACUUGUGUCAGUGUUUCCUGACCCAACAUUUAAUUCCCUGUGUUUACAGCUUGUGAGACUCCUUCACAUAAAUGAGCCCCAGACUGGAUUAAAGGGUAUAUAAGGGCCUUUUUAUUUUAUUGUGUUACAUGUUCCCAUGUGUUGCUACAACUGUUUAUGUAAGGUGUGUGUAUUGUUUUUAUUUUAUUUUUUUUACAUUUUGACCACUUUUUUAAAACUUUUAAAUUGCAUUCCCUGCCUCAAGAUGACUUCACAUGUACCUGCAUGGACCUCUCAGAACUACAUUUCCCAGCACCCUCCUGCUCACAUAUGUAACUGAGAUGGAUUUACCAGUGAGCAGGAGGAUGAUAGGAAAUGUAGUUCUGAGAGGUCCAUGCAGGUACAUGUGAAGCCAUCUUGAGGCAGGGAAUGCAAUUUAAAAAUUAAAAAAUGUGGUAAAAAUGUAUAAAAACAAAUAAUUAAAUCAAUACACACACCUUAUUUAAACAGUUGCAGCGAUACAUGGGAACAUGUAACACAAUACAAUAAAAAGGCCCUUAUAUACCCUUUAAGUAUGCUUGUAUACACAUUUUAUCAUGAAUAAAUAAACUAUUCCAACCCAUGUGUUUGUUUUGCUAUUUGAGUACCAUGGUGUGCCGGUUGGGGUGUUGUGUUUAAUAUGGUUUUGAAUAGUACAGCUUCUCAUCAUAAAUCGCAAUUUACAGCUAGCCAGAUACACAAGUUUAGUGCCCGCAGGGAGAGCUUUUGGUCUGUAAUCAUAAGAUAACAUACCGUAGGGUACUGCAGCUUUAAAUGAUUGUAGUACACAGUAACUGUGAAGAGGGGUAGGAUUUUUUUUAAGAGAUGAAGAUAUAAGCUAUGGCCUUUUGAUAGAAGUACAAACACAUUAUGAAUUUAGGUGUGCGUAUGUAAAUUACGUGCAUGUUAUGCAUUCAAAUAAAAAACAUUUUAUUAAAAUACA